ACCUGGUCUUAAGUUCCAGACGGUUUGAAAUUGUGGCGGUUAUUCAGCAACAAUGUCAAACGGUGCAGUUGUAGUUAUUCAUCUCAUUUUUGUGUUGGGGGUCUUUCCAGAAGGUGUAACACCUCUGGUACAGACAGAGCAGACUGUGGUGGCAGCAGUGGGAGAUGAUGCAUGUUUAAACUGCCAGCUCAUACAAACCAGAGAUGUUCUUCAAGUCACAUGGCAGAAAGAUUUAUCUGAGGGAGAGAAGAAUCUUGCCACCCACAACAAAUACUUUGGCCACAGAGUGAAUCCCGACUUUAAAGGUAAAGUGGAGAUUAAAGACGCCGGACUGCAGAACAGCUCCAUAGUUCUCAGAAAUGUGACGGAGCAGGAUGAAGGCUGCUAUCUCUGUCUGUUUAACACUUAUCCUGAUGGUGCUCUCACCGGUAGAACCUGCCUCCAACUCUAUGAGCUGCACGAGCCCAUUCUACACGUCAGACAGUCAGACUCCACUGAAGGGUCAGUUGUGUCCUGCUCGGCCACAGGACGACCUGCUCCAACAGUAACACUGAGUGUCACGCGACGAGACCUCGACUUCUCCCGCUACAAGGCUGUCAGCGUCAACGGCACCAACGGUGCGGUGACUGUCACCGCCACAGCUGUGCUGUCAGGUUUCCAUGACAACAGCGCACAGGUGGGAUGCGCGGCGCGAGUGCUCUCUGGCCAGAAAGAGGUGUUUAUGAUGAUUCCUGAGGUCAAACCGGCGCCUGCCGAUGGUUUGGAUAAGGAAUCUGGAUCGGAUCACGGAGACUUCAAGUUCAUUCUGAUCAUGGUAUUGUUCAUCGUAAGUGCCUGUGGUUGUGUCGCUCCAGUCGUCAUCAUCCGGCUUUUACAAAAACGCAUCGGCAGUCUGUCACAAGACGCCACAAAGACAAAUCAAAGACACUCACGAGAUCAAAACGCCUUUAAUGAAGCAGGAGAACGAGCAGAUGUGGCAACAGACAUCUACGGUGAAAAGUCUAAAAACAGUUCACACAAAACCAUUGCCUUCAACAGCAAGAAGACUAUUUUGACCAAUAUCGGCUAUUUAGCGACACACAAAAGCUCGCAGCGCUGUAAUGGCCAAACUGGGACAGUGGGACUGCAUCUGACUGACUGUGGUGGUAAAACACCUGGACAUUGUAGAAGAAUUGAAAACCCUGUGCAACAUUUAUUUCAUAUGUCCAGAUCAAACAGAUUGUACACAGUUUAGAUGUUUGUGUUUUUAUACAGUUUAAAAAUAUGGUAAAGAAAAUAUAUCUGUAAUAUAUUGCUAUCUCUGUCUGUUUAACACUUAUCCUGGUGUUGCUCUGACCGGUAGAACCUGCCUCCAACUCUAUGGUAAGGACCUGACUGCAUUUUUAAAAAAGUAUUCCUGUUUUAUUGUAAUAUUGUUUAAACCAGUUCGACAAGGUGCCUCUUCUCCACCUUCACAUGAACAGUGAUAACAGCUGGAAAUAUCAUCUGUUUAAAUGUCAGCUUUCCAACAUUGUGCCAUGAAACCCAGCUUAACUUUAUGAAGGAAACGUCCUGUAAAAACUCCUUUAGUGACACUCGGCAAAUAUUUCACACUACACGACGCUUGUUCAUAUUCUGCCUUUCCAAGCGUCAAUUCACAUCCUGCACCACCCAGUGUCAUGGAAGUGUGUUCGUUUAAUUUCACUACCCAAUGUAACAAGACAUUAUGCUUAUGAUAUUGUACCUGUAUUGUAAUUUUUCAAAAUUCAAAUGUAAUGAAAUGAAAUUGUGAAAUUGUUUGUUCAGCACUGACUUUUCUAAAAUCCUUUAUGAGGUGACAUGGGGACUGUGAGAUGAAUGAGAUGCACCGAACGAUAACCGAAGACACUAAUGUAUUAGACUCAUUUGCACAUAUUUGUGAUUUAUUGCUUUCUUUUUAUUACUUUUUUCAAAAUAGAUUUUAUCAGCCUACAUUCUGUUUCACUCAUUCUCAUACCUGCUAACUUUUUUCUAUACCUGUGUAACAUCCACGCCAAGUCAGUUCUAGUUAUGUAACCUAAAACUUCAAGUUUUUCUCAGAGGGCUUUUCAACACCCUCCACCCAGUAUCCCUAGACAUUUACACUUUUGUUGUUGUUGUUGUUGUUGUUGACGCAAGUGAUGAACCUAAGCUGUCACAUUUUUCAGCAAGGACACUAUCGACUUUAUCAGAUGGACAGUUAUGUGUGUAACUGUGUGAUGUGGAGCACUUCCCAAGAUGUAAUUAUUAAAUUACAUUAAUUGAAAUAUCCUGAUGUUUGUGGGGAAAAGAUAAAAGCUCAUUUGGUUUUUACACUAUUUUAUGUUCAUGCCAUUCAUUGUCGCAUUGCUGAUUGAUUUGCAAAACCAAUUCAACAGUCUUUGUUUUUUUUGUUUUUGUUUGUUUGUUUGUUUUUUGGCAUUAUUAAAUACAGCGUUGCAUCGCAUUCAUUAUAUA